CAGGCCGCUCUCGUAGGCAGCCAACGCGAGGCUGAGCCGCGCCGCGCCGAGCCCCGCGUCGUGCCCUGCGCUCCAGCUCCUGUCCACACUACCGCGAACAAUACAGAGUCAAGAUGGCUAAAGGUGAUCCGAAGAAGCCCAAGGGCAAGAUGUCUGCCUAUGCCUUCUUUGUGCAGACAUGCCGUGAGGAACAUAAGAAAAAGAACCCAGAGGUUCCAGUCAACUUUGCAGAGUUUUCCAAGAAGUGCUCAGAGAGGUGGAAGACUAUGUCAAGCAAGGAGAAGGCUAAAUUUGAUGAAAUGGCAAAAGCUGAUAAGGUACGAUAUGAUAGAGAAAUGAAGGACUAUGGACCAGCUAAGGGUGGCAAGAAGAAGAAGGACCCCAAUGCCCCAAAACGACCACCGUCUGGCUUCUUCCUCUUCUGUUCAGAGUUCCGCCCCAAGAUCAAGUCCACAAACCCUGGCAUAUCCAUUGGGGAUGUAGCAAAGAAACUGGGAGAAAUGUGGAACAACCUCAGUGAUGGUGAAAAGCAGCCUUACAACAACAAGGCAGCUAAACUGAAGGAGAAGUACGAGAAGGAUGUUGCAGACUACAAGUCUAAAGGAAAGUUUGAUGGCGCAAAGGGAGCAGCAACCAAAGCUGCUCGGAAAAAGGUAGAGGAAGAAGACGAAGAGGAGGAGGAGGAUGAAGAAGAGGAGGACGAAGAUGAUGAUGAUGAAUAAAACUGUACUAUACUUGUCUCCAUGUGAAUACCAUAGAGUAGGGGAAACACCAUAAAUGCAGCACCUCUUUAUUUAAGAUGGUGUCUCUUGCCCUUAUUAGGCUUAAUUAAAAAAAAGAAAGAAAAAAAAAAAAGACAAAAAAAAAACCAACAAAAAAAAAAUUGGAUUCCGAUCGCGUUGUAGUUUCUAAAAGUGCUCUAGAAAUUGUAACUGGUUUACAUGAAGUGGCCAUGGGUGUAGUGAGCACCCUGAAACUGUAUCAAAGUUGUACAUAUUUCCAAACAUUUUUAAAAUGAAAAGGCGCUCUAGUGUUCUCCUAACUCUGUGCACUUUGCUGUUGGUGUAACAAAGCAUUUAAAAAUGUUUCAAGCAUUUUUUUAAUUUGUAAGGUGGUGUUACUAUAUGGUUAUUGGCUAGAAAUCCUGGGUUAUAAACUGUACAUAUCUAUAGUUUGUAAAAACUAGACAGAUUUCUUGUGGUACAUGCUUAGAGUUAUGAUGCCUUAGAGGAGCAGUGAUUACUUGGAAAGGCUGUACGUUCCCCGGGGUGCCAUGGCCCAAAGCAUGCACUGUGAGGGUAGAUCUAUUUACACUACAGUGGGCGUCCAUUUAGCUUAAAGUUGUCUUUCUGUAUAUAGUGAAAUAGCAUUCUGCUGCCAUUCUUAGUUGUGGAAAGGGGGUUCAGCUGGCAUGAGAAGUGUAUGGAUUUUUUUAGUUAAGUGCGGUAGUUUUUAAACUGAAACUGUAGACAUCUCUUCAUCGUCAACUAAGUGAAGAGCCAGUGCAGCAACUGAAGUUCAAAAACACUCUGUACUUAAAUAAAUUUGCAACGUUCUGUUUUUUUUGUAAUGUUUAGAAUGCUGAAAUGUUUUUGAAGCAAAAUAAACAGUAUUACAUUUUUAAAACUG